AUGUAUGUAUGUCUUGUUUUUUCAAUAUUUCAGCAGGAUAAAGGUCGGCCGCUGCCGAAGUUCGGGGAAUGGGACGUAAAUAACCCAGCUUCAGCUGAAGGAUUUACUGUUAUUUUCAACAAGGCCAGAGAUGAGAAGAAGACAAGUGCGGCUCAAGUGAAGAUCGUCACCCCGCGAAAAAAUGACGGCAGCCUAAGAAAUGGUGCUGGAUACAACACUGUCAAUGAGCACUAUCCCAAGUAUCCUCCCCCAAAGAAGAAAUGGUUUUGCUGUGGCUGAACGAAUCCACAACUGCUUAUGGGGACGAGGUGAUAAUGCAAAAAUAAUAGAGUGGGACUGGGAGGAGCUACAAACAACUUAAAGACAAUCUUGUGCCGGGGAAAGAUGUGGAACACCAAAUCUCUCAUAUAUAUAUAAAGAAAAGUUUUUUUUUUUUUUUUUUCACUUCUGCAUUAAUUCUUUUGCCUUUCUAUAUCAUAGGGAUUUGACAAGAAAAAUAGGGUGCCGAUUAUCGACUGUCUGACGCAA